AUGCCGGAGCCGAUAGCUGCAGAGCCGCAAUUGUACACACCUCUUUACGAAUUGGGACAACUCUUAGCCAGUUAUGGCUAUGUGCCAAGAGCAACGUUUCGGCCAGGUGCUACCGUAGUUCAUGUGCAGGACGAAGCUCGACAACGGAUAAAUAGGCAUGGCCAAUCUUCACAUCAAAGGAAUCAACAUGCGCGUUCUGCACGGACAUAUACGCCCGGAACGAAUGGCUAUGCAAUGCAUUCGAAUGGAGCGAUUCCAUCACACUCGUCUGCUGUAAUCAAUGGAACUAUUCCAUCAACGUCUCACUACGGUGGAAUGGAACGACGUCAUUUUCGCGAACAAACGUCACAACGAGGUGGUCGUGGAUCGGCCAGUGGAGGUGGUCCCCGUCGUGGAACCGGAGACCGUACCUUAACACCAAGGCGCCGGUGUGUUCGUGGACGUCGAAACGGAGGUGCUAAUGGUUCGAAUCAGGACACCCGUCGUCGUAGCGAUUACUGCAACGGAGGAGGAGUUAAUGGUAAUGGAGCAAGUACGAACAAUGGACCAGCUCUAAGCGUCUCUACGGGCAAUAUUGCCGCUGCAGCCGCAGGUUCUUCAAAUACGCUGCAAAUUGAGAGGCCACGGUAUAACAGUUUCCGACGAGAACGGAAUGCCGAUAGCGAUCAUUUCUCCACAAAUGACACUUCGAAUGCUUCCUCAGGGAAGGGGCGUCGUUGGGAGAUGGAUAGUGAAAAUGGCAGUGAUGGUCAUGUGGAUAGAAAGGCAUCUUCUCAAAGUGGGUGUUCCGCGUACUCCUUCGAAGAGAGAGCGUUUCCAUCGUUAUCAGAACCGAAGCCGGAGCCAGAGAAACCGGUAGAAAAGCCAUCUUUCAGAGCAUUAUUGGCUAAGAAGACUAUCAGGGUAACGAGAGGCGACGGGAAUGAGCUCAGAGGAUUUUGUCCUCCGAGCUGUUAG